AUGUAGGUUUCUAAUUGUUAUUGCAUACAUAUUAAAAAUAAGUCUGUAAGAUAGCUUAUUCUAAUAAAAUACAAGAAGAAGACAAUGAAGCAAAUUGAAACCUGCACUCAAUUGUGGCAGCGGCGACCUCUGUGAUACCAGGGCUAAUCUACGAGGAGCAUGAGAGAGCGUUUCAAUAUGAUCUUCGAAAGAAGCAAAAGAGCCAAGGAACAUCCUCAAAUCCUAAUCAAACCCCCGAAGCUAGAAGAUUGCGCAUUCAAUCAUCAAGCGUAACUAGUACACUCUUUCCUUUUAUUUGACCCGUUGAUUCAACUGAUUUUUUUCAAGCAACUGCAAUUAUUUUCUUUUUCUUUCACGGCCUUCCCGCGGACGACAUAAAGCUGCAACAACAUUCGAGAUAGAAGUGAUCCAAAUAAAUAAUGUUGAAACCGACGUAUAUCCUUACUCCUCAUCCAAACGCAAGUUGAAAUAAUUUUAAAAUUUUAUCUCAAAUUUAUUAUCCCUCGUAGCAAACGACCCUAGUCAAACAACAUGUGUAUUUAUUUCAAAAUAAUUCCCCCAAAAUCUUGAAUUUAGCACUUUUACCCCCUUUUUUUCCUUAUAAAAAUUUCAGCUUUCCCGCCCACUGAAUUUUCCUCCCAAAUUUCUUCUUUCUCUCUCACUCACACACAGUGUAGAUGCAGCCAAAUCCUCUUUGUAUCAAUAUCUAGCAGUUUAGGGGGUACCCAUUGAGCCAAAAAUGCCUGAUUUUGGCAUUCUUUUGGAUCCUCCAUUGCCAUCAGCACCAGAAGAAUCAGUGUCUUCGUCUUUAGCUUUGAUUUCUUGCCCAAAUCUAGAAGUUCCUUGUGAAUCUGAUACCCAAAUGCAGGAACUAGUUUCUGACCGAAAUUCCCUGCUGGGGUUCCCUAUUUUGAUGAAAGAAGAUGAGUUGAAGCCGGAAAUCAAUGGGUGUGUUGAGUUGGUACAAAAGGAGGACGAGCUGAAACAAUUGACACCCAAAUCGAGUGAUUCUGAUAUCCAAAUGCAGGAAAUAGUUUCUGACCGAAAUUCCCAGCUGGGGUUCCCUAGUUUGCUGAAAGAAGACGAGUUGAAACUAUUGACACCCAAAUCCAGUGAAUCUGAUACCCAAAUGCAGGAACUAGUCUCUGACCGAAAUUCCCAGCUGGGUUUUCCUAUUUUGCUGAAAGAAGACGAUUUGAAGCUGGAAAAUAAUGAAUGUGUUGAGUUGGAACAGAAAGAGGACGAGUUGAAACUAUUGACACCCAAAUCCAGUGAAUCUGAUACCCAAAUGCAGGAAAUGGUUUCUGACCGAGAAUCUCAGCUGGCGUUACCUAUUUUGCUCAAAGAAGACGAGUUGAAACCGGAAAACAAUGGGUGUGUUGAGUUGGAACAGAAAGAUGAGUUGAAACUGGAAAAUAAUGGUUGUGGUGAGUUGGGAAUCAGGAUAUUAAUACCCAAAUCGAGUCAAUCUAAUACCCAAACUGAGGAACUAGUUUCUGACCCAAAUUCCCAGCGGGGGUUCCCUAUUUUGCCGAAAGAAGACGAGUUGAAACUGGAAAAUAAUGGUUAUGGUGAGUUGGGAAUAAGGGAUUUGAUAUCCAAAUCCAGUCAAUCUGAUACCCAAAUGCAGGAACUAGUUUCCGACCAAAAUUCCCAGUUGGGGUUCUCCUUUUUGCAGAAAGAAGAGUUGAAACCGGAUAACAAUGGUUGCGUUGAGUUGGAACAGAAAGAUGACAAGUUGAAACUGGAAAAUAAUGGUUGUGGUGUAUUGGGAAUCAGUGUUUUGAUAACCAAAUCCAGUGAAUCUGAUACCCAAAUGCAGGAACUAGUUUCUGACCGAAAUCCCCAGCUGGGGUUCCCUAAUUUGCAAAUAGAAGACGAGUUGAAACCGGAUAACAGUGGGUGUAUUGAGUUGGAACAGAAAGAAGACCAGUUGAAACUGGAAAAUAAUGGUUGUGGUGAUUUGGGAAUCAGGGGUUUGAGGUCAAGUGGUGGUGGGUCGGUGGCGAAAAAGAGUUUGGAUGAGUUUGUUAAAGAUUGGGUUGAGAGGAAGGUCAAUGCUGGUGUAGAUAAACGCAAUUGUGUAUUGCCAUUCCUUAUUCAUGCUCCAAAAUCGGUUGAGUGCUCUGUUUGCCAAGGAUUAAUUUUUCCAGGUGAUGAGGUAGAAUGCUCUGUUCGAGAUUGUAUGGGAGUUUUCCACUUAGAAUGUGCUAAAGAAAGACUUGGGUUAUCUUCUCCCAAAAUGUUUAAGUGCCCUCAACAUGUAUGUUAUGUUUGUAAUAAAAAGAUACAUCUCUGGCGGUGCAUCAGAUGUCCACUAGCAUCACAUGAUAAGUGUGCAGCAUUUCCGGAGCACGUGGUUCAUUUAAAUGAUCAGCCAGGGCGAGUUAUUUGUUGGAAGCAUCCAUCCGAUUGGCGUUUGGAGAAGCAUGAAGCCCCUACAAGUAAUUUGGAGGAGAUACUAGCUAAUUUGCCUGUACCAUAUGUGGAGGAGGAGUUCAAGAUUGACAUAAAUUGGAAAGACAUGAUUGACAACAGAUCUGAACCACCUCCAUACGUGCAUAUCAAGAGAAAUGCUUACCUCAUUAAGAAAAAGCGUGAUGGCGUUAUUGCUGAUAUUGGGUGCACACACUGCAAAUCCACAGAAUGCUCGGACAAUUGUGUUUGCAGGGUUCAAUGCAUAAGUUGUUCGAAGGCGUGCCGUUGCUCUGAUAUGUGCUCAAACAGACCGUUUCGGAGAGAUAGAAAGAUGCAAGUUGUCAAGACUGAGCUUUGUGGUUGGGGGGUAGUAGCAUCUGAAUCCAUAAACAAAGGUGAUUUCAUAAUUGAGUACAUUGGCGAAGUUAUUGAUGAUGCCUUGUGUGAAAAAAGGCUAUGGGACAUGAAAUACAAGGGAGUUCAAAAUUUUUACAUGUGUGAACUACGGAAAGAUUUCACAAUUGAUGCAACUUUCAAGGGAAACUUGUCCCGUUUUCUCAACCAUAGCUGUGAUCCUAAUUGCAAAUUGGAAAAAUGGCAGGUUGAAGGUGAGACUCGAGUUGGUGUCUUUGCUGCUAGAUACAUUGAAGUAGGAGAACCUCUGACCUAUGAUUACAGAUUUGUUCAGUUUGGUUCAGAAGUGAAGUGCCAUUGUGGAGCUUCGAAAUGUCAAGGAUAUCUUGGCAGCAAAAAGAAAAUCACAAGUAAACUGGACAUCAGCUGGGGUUCGAAACGCAAGAGAACAUCUACUUCUUGCCUUGCCAUUGUUAAAUCGAAUUCAUUUUAGCCUAUUAUUAUUUUACUCGAUCAUUUUAGUAUAUCGCAUUUUCUACUAAAGAUGCAAUAAACCAAAAGAAAGCCAUUGUCAAAAGGAGAGGGAAAAAAAGGAACAGAAAGAUUGUUGUUAUAAGCAUUGUUACAUUGAUUUAUACUGCAUUUGUUAUUUCACUUUUAUUCUGAAAAAAAUAUGACAGAAUCCUUACCUUAUAAUGAUUAAGUUCUUUUUUAUUUUA